AACUUUUUAUGGCAAUGUCUGAGCACUGAUUUGCCAAUUAAAUUUCCAGUCCACUCCUACCGGUAAUAGUCGUUGCUUUUAUGGCUGCAUUUAUGGGAGAAUCUUCCAUACCAGCCUGAUAACUGAGUGCAUUUGAAAAACUCUGUCAAUGGUUCUGAAGGACAAUGGCUUUACUGUUUGCAAGCUAAAUACAUGUUCGAGAAAAGUUGUGAGCAGUAAUAUUUUUCUUUCUCGUAGUUUAAAUUAAACAGUGGGAGACUGAAAUGUUAGCAUUAAUUUUAAAAAAAAAAGAGUUAUUGGUGAAAUUUCGAGCAAAAUUACGCAGCACACGUUCACACAACUUGAAAUAGUAUACGGUGCUGUCCUCUUGGUGUCACUGUAACAUAACAAGUCCAAAAAAAACAAAACAAACAUCGACCCUCCCUUGGCAAAGCUUUUGUUUGGCGUUUUCCAGCAGAUGAUGCAUUUAACGUAAUAACGGGAGUCGUGUGAGACCGUGUGGUGAUCGAAUCCAGAAAUUUAAGUGGUUACAACAGACUCGGGUGUCCAUGUGUGGUUGGAAAACCAUGGAGAGCGAGAGGCAAUUUCGAUCCACAAACUGCUGUCGGUUCGCUUUUUCUUUGAUUCUGCUGAUGAUUUUCGGGAAGCAGGUUCUGGCUGAAUUGAGGUACUCUGUUCCAGAGGAGGUAAAAGAGGGAACUGUCGUUGGAAAUGUUGCAAAGGAUCUUGGUCUGGAUAAAAGCUCUUUGAUUGAUCGACGGUUCCGUGUUGUGUCGGGAUCGAAGGACGCGUUUUUCGAGGUAAAUGCGGACAAUGGAGCCUUGCAGGUCCGUAAAAAAAUCGACAGAGAGGAGCUGUGCCAUGGCAGUGGUUUAUGCCUGAUGGAGCUAAAAAUUCUGGUAGAAAACCCGCUGGAAAUGCACCAUAUUGUUGUAGAGAUUACUGAUGUCAAUGAUCAUUCCCCCAGCUUUUCUGAAAAGGAGCAGAAAUUUGAAAUUGCUGAACAUACACCUCCGGGAACACGAUUCGAACUGCACGCGGCCCGUGAUCCUGAUGCUGGACUUAACUCCAUCCGUACAUAUAUAAUAAUGACAAACGAUCACUUUGAUAUAGAAAUUAGUCAAAGUGAUGAGGAAAAAAUACCAUUUUUAGUGUUGAAGAAGUCCUUAGACAGAGAGCAAAAGAAUAAACAUUUGCUAUUUGUAACAGCAGUUGAUGGAGCUAAACCUCCAAAAUCAGGGACACUGAACGUUUCUAUUAUUGUUCUUGAUGUUAAUGAUAAUCGUCCAACAUUCAGUCAAGAAGUUUACCAAAUUGAGAUACAAGAAGACAUUUCUGUUGGUACAACUCUUACAAGAGUGAAUGCAAUAGAUCCAGAUGAAGGGACAAAUGGAGAAAUAGAGUACAGCCUCAGCAAAACACUAUCUCGAAAAGUAUACCAGAUAUUUGAACUGGAUAGUGUAACUGGACAAAUUAAGCUGAAAGCAACAUUGGAUUUUGAGGAUUCAGAUAUUUACAGACUAGACGUUCAAGCAUCUGAUAAAGGUCAACCUCCAUUUUCAGGAAGGUGUAGAAUAAUCAUAAAGAUAAAAGAUGUCAAUGAUAAUGCACCAGAAAUAGAAGUCACAUCAUUGUCAAAUACAGUGUCUGAAGAUUCAAAGCCUGGAACAGUUAUUUCACUGAUCAGUGUAACAGAUAAAGACUCUGGUGUCAAUGGUAAAAUAAUUUCACACAUAACCAAUGAAGUUCCUUUUGAAUUAAAACCUUCCUAUAAAGAAAAUAUAUAUUCUGUGGUCACAAAGGAUUUUUGGAUCGAGAAAAGGUUCCACAAUAUGAAAUAACAAUAAAAGCCACAGACUGUGGCGAGCCUCCUCUAUCUACUGUUAAACGUCUUACUAUUCAGUUAUCAGAUGU